GACCGUUAGACCAAUUCAGAUAACACUACCUGCUUCUCUGAUCGUUCUUGUUCCUCCCUCCCCGGUUUAAUGGGGAAUACGUUAAUUAAAACAAAGGCUGGGUCUUAGAAAAUCAACACCACGCCCCGCUAAAUUUGCAUGCAUGGCUAAUUAACAGAGAAAAGCUAAUAUGACAGCUAUGUUGAGAACUACCACUGCAGACAGAAUGAGUCGGCGAAGCAGUACCAGCAUUAGGGAUGAGGACGGGAAGAUGAGUAGCUCUGAGGAAGUAUCCUGGAUUUCUUGGUUCUGUGGCUUGCGUGGCAAUGAGUUCUUCUGUGAGGUGGACGAAGACUACAUCCAAGACAAGUUCAACUUAACUGGUCUUAAUGAACAAGUCCCACACUAUCGUCAGGCCUUGGAUAUGAUUCUUGAUUUGGAACCAGAUGAGGAACUCGAGGACAAUCCUAACCAGAGUGAUUUGAUUGAACAGGCUGCUGAAAUGCUGUAUGGGCUCAUCCAUGCUCGCUACAUCCUCACAAACCGUGGCAUUGCCCAAAUGCUUGAAAAAUACCAGCAAGGAGACUUUGGCUACUGUCCUCGAGUUUAUUGUGAGAACCAGCCCAUGCUGCCUAUUGGUUUAUCUGAUAUCCCUGGAGAAGCCAUGGUUAAAUUGUACUGUCCCAAGUGCAUGGAUGUGUACACCCCCAAAUCUUCCCGCCACCAUCACACAGAUGGGGCCUAUUUUGGGACUGGAUUCCCUCACAUGUUAUUCAUGGUGCACCCUGAGUAUCGGCCGAAGCGGCCAGCCAACCAGUUUGUGCCCAGACUUUAUGGAUUCAAGAUCCACCCAAUGGCUUACCAGCUCCAACUUCAGGCAGCCAGCAAUUUCAAGAGCCCAGUCAAAACGAUCCGUUGAUCUUCUGCCUCCAGGGUCCUUCUCCAAUAACUCCUUUUACUCCAGUCAGGGCUGUUCAUACUUUGAUUUUGGUGAUGUCCCCUGUGGACUAUUCUUUGUCACCUUCCAGCCUGAUUUUAGUCUUAUUUCUGGUGUGUGGUUUAAAUUAACAAUCAACAGUUUCUGUUAAUUCCCAGAAACACAAUGAUACACAGAUUCAGUAACCAACUUGAAUGUCAUGAUUUUGUGGGGCUUUUU